AUGAUGAAACCGUGGCUCCUCAGAAGCCCCUGGGUGGCAGCUGUGGUCCUGACACUGAUGGUGCUGAGCUCUUCCAUGGCUUUGAUCAGGGACCCCCGACCUUGGUUUUUGGAACAAGUUAAACACGAGUGUCAUUUCCACAACGGGACGCAGCGCGUGCGGUUUCUGGACAGAUACUUCUACAACCAGGAGGAGUAUGCGCGCUUUGACAGUGACGUGGGCGAGUACCACGCGGUGAACGAGCUGGGGCAGCCAGACGCUGAGUACUGGAACAGCCAGAAGGAGCUCCUGGAGCAGAAGAGGUCCCUUGUGGACACUUACUGCAGAUACAACUACCAGGUUGCGGAGAGCUUCACUGUGCAGAGGAGAGUUGAGCCUGUGGUAACUGUGUAUCCCACAAAGACAGAGCCCCAGGAGCACCACAACCUCCUGGUCUGCUCUGUGAGCAGCUUCUACCCCAGCCAGAUUGAAAUCAGAUGGUUCCGGAAUGGCCAGGAGGAGAAGACUCGGGUCGUGUACACAGGCCUGAUCCAGAAUGGAGACUGGACCUUCCAGACCCUGGUGAUGCUGGAGACGGUUCCUCAGAGUGGAGAGGUUUACACCUGCCAGGUGGAGCAUCCCAGCCUGACCAGCCCUGCCAGAGUGGAGUGGAGGGCUCAGUCCUCAUCUGCACAGAAGAAGAUGCUGAGUGGAGUCGGGGGCUUCGUGCUGGGUCUGCUCUUCCUCGGGCCUGGGCUGUUCAUCUACUUCAGGAACCAGAAAGGAGAGUCUGGACUCCAGCUGACAGGUAACACCUUUCAGUCUUCCCUCAGAGACAGAUCUGCCUUCCCUACAGUGUGGGCUGGGGUGUGA